AAAAAAGGAUUCAAUACACUGCACAGACGGAUUAAAGUAACAUAAAAAAUAAAUAACAAAAAGAUGAAUCUUUUUCGUUUUACAGGAUUCGCAGAACGGCCCGGUGCUGGACCGAUGGAGCAUCUGUUCUCCUGAAGAGGAGCCGCUGGUACUGCAGCAGUUCCUCAGAUUCGUCGAGACGCGUCCGUUCGUGCAGCAGUUGCUGCUGGCCGCCGGAACGCCGGGGACGGAUGCUAUGUCACCAAGCAGACGACCUUCGCCGCCGACGAUGCCACUAGCACACUUACCACCGCCGUUACACCUGCUCCAUUGCGGUCUCCCGCCUCCAGGCUCGAGGUUGCCGCCUCCUUUGCCGCCGCCGCCGCCGCCACCCUCCGUCUCGCAUCCGUCGAUGUCACCAACGGCCCAGAAACACUAUUCCUCUUCGUCCAGCGGCAACACUGGGGUGACGAGCAAUGCCAACUCGCCGCCAAGAAGCCUAGACUCUCACCUGACGGUGUCGCCGCUCAAUCGACUGCAGAGCAUGCAACCGUUCGACUUCCGCAAGCUAGGAACCUUAGGACUACCCGCGUUCCCGCCGCUACCACCACCGCCACCAUCGGCCGAGCAGCUGCUGCAGAGUAGAAAAUCCAUGAGAAAUCCGCAAAGUCCGCACAGUCCGCCUCACCACUCGAGCAGCAAUCAGCUUCAAAGGCCUCACAUGCCACCCGUGGCGCCGGUGUCUUCCUCCGCGCUCAACUUCGGCCAUCCUCUCUCGGUGGCGGUGUCCUCUGGUGCUUUGCCGCCCAGUUUCCCCGCUCAUUUCCCACCGCCACCGAUGGGCAAGUCGUCAGGCUCGGUACCAGGUAUUACGGCGCCGGCGGACGUGCACAGUGGAGGCGAGAAGAGCAGCGAAUUCGGCUCGGAGGAAGACGAGGAAGACGACGAGAAUUCGGACAGCGCAUUGAAUCUCAGUAGGCGCGACUCCGCGUCAAAGCACAUCGCCGAUCAGCGACACCAUCCUCCGCUACCUCUUCAAGCUGCUCCCCUGGGCAGGCCACCGGGAAUCCCCGGAAGAAAGCCUCACUCGCCGGGCAAACGACCUGGCAGCCAAUGGGGCGCGUCCGCCAAUAUCCCGCCGAAUCUCGGUACUCCUUUCAUCAAUCCCACCACCGGCAAGAAAAGGGUGCAGUGCAACGUUUGUUUGAAAACCUUCUGCGACAAGGGCGCGCUCAAGAUUCACUUCAGCGCUGUCCACCUACGCGAGAUGCACCAAUGUACCGUGAAGGGAUGCAGCAUGAUGUUCAGCUCGAGGCGGUCACGCAACAGACACAGCGCCAACCCGAAUCCCAAGCUGCACUCGCCUCAUCUGCGACGGAAGAUCUCGCCGCAUGAUGGCCGCUCGUCAAUGGCGCACGCGCUCGUCCUACCACCCCAAGUAGGUCUGCCUGUCCCAGCUACCGGUCUCAAUCAUCUUCCCUUCGGCUCGUUUCCGUUGCUAACCCCACCACCCGAUCUUCGAUCGCCAGCGUCGCUCUGCGGCCUCGACUUCAAGCAUCUGGACUUACAAUCUCAGAACCAGGGUAGACCGGCAGGCUACGACGAGGCCCUUCAACAGAGGAUGAGCAACGCGAACGCGGGAAUCUCAACGACCAACGCGCUGACGACCGCGAGCGUAGCGAUGACGACCGCCGCGGAGACGCUCAAUACCUCCUCGGCUGUGGCUAGAGGAUCUUUCUCUAGCAACAGCGUGGCCGACACGGUGUCACCAUCCACUCAGGCCUCCACCGCGGCUGCUGAAGGGGAAGAAGAGGAAGACGACGACGACGGAGGUAUCGUAGUCGUGGCGGAAGACGACGCGAGUAACCUACCCUCCAGGCUGCCUUUGCGUUCCGGGGAGGACGACGACGAGCAGCCAGCCGAUUUCAGUUUGGCGAAGAGACCAAAAUUGUAUUUCGGCGAUCCGGUGGACGAGGAUCUCGCGAGCAACGCCGACAGCAACGAAGACAACGACUCGAUGGGCACGAUCGACCAGCAGAGUUACUCCGUGAGCAGCCAGCACUCGAUCAACUCGACGUCUUUGCACAGCAGAGGCGUACGGAAGAGAAAGUCUCAACAUCCCACCCGAUGUGCUGUUUUAACCGAGGUACACUCCUCGUCUACGGAUGGAGACUCGUCCAACGACGAGGAACGAGUGCAAAGACGUUGCCUGUCGGAGGGAGCGGGAAUCUCGUCGAUGAACGACUUUCAAAGCCAACCGGAAGACAUGUCGAUGUCCAGACUGGAGGCAGAGGAGCGAAAAGCCUCGCCAAGUUCUCCGAAGAAUCUGAACUUCAACGAUCAGGAUUCGAGCUCUCGCUCGCCUGAGGCGUGCAACGCCAGAGACGGGACGCAAGCGAGCGGCGUGAAACGCGACACGGUGUCGUCACAGGAGAACGCGGAGGAUCUACCUCAGGACGAGCCACGGGAUCUGAGCUCAAGAGCGAGCAGUGUCAAGUCGCCGAAGAGGCAGAUCAGUCCAGAGCCAAAGACGACCCACGAACCGACGGAAGCUCGUUCCACGGCGGAAGCUGGCUCCGAGUUGGUCUCGAUCGGCCAAAAGGAUCCAAAUUGCGCCGAGUUGGCCGAUCGACGGAAAAGCGAGAGCGAGGAGGCGACUAAAGAGGAUGAAAAGACGACGAGAGGGUCGUUAAAGAGGGAAAAGGAACCAGAGGAGAAGGGGAAGGAAGAAGAGAACCAGGAGGAAGAUGAUGAUGAGGAGGAUGAGCCGAUGGAGGAGGUCGAGGAGGAUGAUGAUGAUGAGGAGGGUCGCGCGAUGCAGUACACCGGGAUGCAGCAGGCGGCUUCGAGGUCUGGCCGCGGCUCUACCAGCCCCGUCAGCCUCACGACGCACCAGGAGAUCACCAUGGACAAUUCCUCACAUGGCUCUCGUUCAUCCAGCGCCUCACCCUCCACAGCGGCCAUGGAUACGGACAAUAGCCUUAUCACCUAUGCCCGUUACGAGAACGGUGGCUUCGUCAGCACCCAGGAGAUCCCCCUGGACCGGGAGAAUCCACGCCGAUGCACAGCCUGUGGCAAGGUGUUCCAAAACCAUUUCGGGGUCAAGACCCACUAUCAGAACGUCCACCUAAAACUGAUGCACCGCUGCAGCGUUGACGGUUGCAACGCGGCCUUCCCCUCCAAGAGGUCUCGCGACAGACAUUCGGCCAACUUGAAUCUCCAUCGGAAGCUCUUGUCCACGUCGUCGAGUCCGCCUCUGUCGUCCAGCCUGCCACCGAGUCUCUCACCUAGGGUGGACGACGCUCAGAUGAAUCCGUUACUGCACAACGAGUUCCUCGCGAGAUUGUACGCGGACGCGGGCAUCGGUGCUCUCGGAGCUUAUCCUCUCACGCCUGGACUGCCGUCUGCCGUCGAUCUUGCGGCUAGAAUACCGCCUCCGCAUCCUCUUCUACUGCCACCUCAUUUGGGAGCCACCUUCUCAGGCCUGUCUUCGUUCGCCUCUCACCUGGCUGGCCUGAACGGGCUCACUCACCAUCAUCUCAACCACUUGACCAGGAUGUCGCAGGAACAGGGGACUAGACAUCCAUCUGGCUCGGGUUCGCCAAUGUCCUCGCCGGGUUCCGAGGACCGAAAGGAGGAAGCCAGAUGCACGAUACCCGGCUGUGACCGGGUAUUUGGCUCCAGAGCGGUCAGAGACGCCCAUUCGAAGGAUCCACAGGCUCAUCGCGACUUAUCGGUUUUAUCGACCAGCGGCUCGUGACCGAUCUCCUUCCGCGGAUGCGACUAUUAUCCCCUACUGUGAUGCCAAAACUUCGAUCGUCGAUGAUUUCGACCGGAUGCAGGUCAGCGGAAGACUUGGCUCGCGAUUUUGACUGAGUAUAUCCAGUCGUUAGACGAAAACGUGCAAUAUCGUGGACGUGAGACCUUCUAAGGAACCGGAAUCUGGCCACCCGCGCAGCUUCGACAACCUUUGUCACAGUCAGUUUCGAACGUUUCAGGCCGAUCUCGGCGCGGUUCGGUGGUUGUCGGACACGUUCAGCGAAAGUACUUAAGAAACAGGACCCAGGUGAUUCGAAUCGACCGUUUCAUUCGCGAAUCUUGCCAGCGACAGUAAUGGCAUCCCUCGAGGCAAUCGGGGGAUGAUCACUAACGCCGGUUCCAAUCCCGGUUCUCCAGUUAGUUUUCGUGCAAACGCAAGGUGCUCCAAUCUAGUCAAUUCGGAAAUCCUCGGCCACGCCGCUGGAAUCGAAAAUUCGUCCACCCCGCUCACGUAAUCGCGCUCGAUCGGCCAGUUCCGUCGCCAGUUCCGACUGUGUUCCUCCGUUCGAGACUGCGAGUCGUUCCUCGACGUCCUCGACGUCCUCGAGCGAAAAAUCACGAGAUACGCUGAACGAAAUAAUAUUAGUAAAUUAUGACUCAAAGACAAGUACGACAGGUUUUCGCGAAUGAUCGAAAUUCGUGAAAUUAAGCCCCUAACGUGAAGGGGGAGGGGAGGUCCAUCCGAUUUCCGUGAAGGUUCCUGUUCCAAUUCGCGUGUUCACCAAGCAUUAGAAAAAUAAAAAGAGAAGGCUGAUCGGCGAACCGGGCCGAUUCCUCUGCUUGUUUCUUUCCCUGGUGACCGAGGGGACGAUGGAAGGGGAAGACGACUGCAGGGAGAGUGGAGAUCAGAUGAAAAACGGAGCGACGAAUGGAAAGAUCGAACGCGCCCUCGUUUCGGUCUUCCGGCUGAUUUUAUCAUCGUUGUGAUAAACGUAAUGUUUAGUAUAAAUAUGCCACUUAUUUAAUCAGUAAUCAAUUACUACUGCUGUAUAUAUAAAACAUAGUACCUUUUUUCGAUGUAUCGCGUAAUUAAUCAAUUAAGCUACUUCGACGCGACCGAUGCGAUGCGAGGGAAUUGGAGAUGAUAACGAUAGUUUUGUAACGGAGAACCGAUCCAGGCCGGGAUAUACCGAACCGAUGACUGAGAGUUAUUUGCGAGGCAGCUGGGUUGAUGGUUCCAGCGUUCAAGAUGGCAGACUACGCGUUCACUGUUGGGUAUGCUACAUUAAAGCGCCCAAUUCUUCCCAUCGUUGUUUGAGAUUCCUUUCAUUAGCAUUAUUCUUUGAUUAUUGAUUUUCUUUCUUUUUGUUACGACUGUUGAAGUUUUAAAGUGGAUCAUUCAAGAUCCAUCGACAAAUAGAAAUUACAAGGUUUCUUUUACUCCUUCUGUCCAUUAUGAUUCGCGCAUUACUAUUUUAAAACGUCACCAAACGUAACGUAAUCGGCGCAAUCCAAAUCAUCUUCCCGAUCUCAGACACUGGCAAAGUCCUAAACACAGCCCGGAUUACUUUCUACGUACUAUUCUUCGAUCUUCUCGCUCUCAAAAAAAAAAAAAAAAAAA